AUGGUUUACAGAGACUACAGUGCCUUGCGAGAACAUUUCCGUGCAGAUCAUUAUCUCUGUGAAGAAGGAGGAUGCCAAGAAGAGCAGUUUACAUCAGUAUUUCGCACCAAACUUGACCUCCAAGCUCACAUGGCACAGAAUCAUUCAUCGAACCUGAGCAAGCAAGCUGCCCGACAGGCCCGUACGCUGGACAUAGAGUUCACGUUGAACCACCGGCAGCAAGACAGCAGCCGCCAUGAACAGCAGUUGCCUGACGAAAUGGACAGCAGACCUCCUGUGACGCAACAUUCCAUUGAUAUCAACUGUGUGCAAGAUUUUCCUUCCCUGAAUGGCACUGGACCAGGAUCAGGGGGGGAGGCUGGAGGGGGAGGGGGAAAUAGGUCUAUGGCAUCGCAUUUAGCCAAACAGAAUCGAUUUACAGUAAGAGCCUCGGGUGGCAGGGGUAGGAGUGUGCUAGAUGAGGAAUUUCCUUCUUUAGGGUCGACAAGUGUCACAGUUAGUACAGCUCAGGCCACUGCUCAGUCCCCAACAUCUCCCACCACCUCUGUGCAUCUCAAAGUAAAUACUAAAAAAGCUGUGAGGGAUGGCCAAAAUGCAGGCCAGAGGAGCAGUAAUGUUUCGAUACAGUAUAAUCGCACUGUCCCUGCUGUAGCGAAUGGGCCCCAGGGUUCAGGUGCAGAAGGUGAGAGUGGCAAUGGUGGAGGGCCUCGUAUUGGUGUUAUUUCACAUAGCAGUAAUAUUACUCUUCGAAGCAAAGCUAAUAACAAGGCCAAAAGCAAAGGGUUGGAGGAAGAUUUCCCAGCUCUUUCUGUUUCUACAAAAACGACAAAUGCUGGCAUGGGUUCGAGUGGCUGGGGGUCAACAGCAGCAGCACCAGCACCCAGUGUGCCAGCCAGUGUACCAGUUAAUAUUUCCAAAAAUAUGAAAAAAGAUUUUCCAGCUUUAGGGCCAUCAGCUGGGGCACCUUCUGUUGCACCUCCUGCAAAACCUGGAAAGAAAUUAAAUCCAAAAGAUUUCCCUUCCUUAGCGCCAAAUCCUGAGAGUCAGACCCACAUGAAAAAUUAUCAUGGUCGUUCUAGUGUUACAAUACCAGUGAGCAAUGCCUGGACACAUACAGUUGACCAGGUGCCCAAAGCAUCAGAUGGAAAUGAAACUUCAAGUUCCAAGAGUAAGAAGAAGAAAAAGGGAAGCAACAAGAGUGCGGCUGAUGUUACCAGCAAUAGCAGUGCCAACUCAAAUCAAAGUAGCAGUAAUAACACAUCAAAUAGUGUGUCAAAUGGCCCUUCGAAACCCAGCACCAAAAAGAAGCCUGUUGGUUUGCACAAUAUCUUUGAUGAUGACAGUGAUGAAGAUGGAGUUACAAUGGACCUAAGUAUGGGGAAAUUGGGUGACUAUCAGUCUAUGGCUCCUGUAACGUCGUCAAACCUUAACAUGAUCACCAGUGAUAUGGUCAAUGAGAGGAAAAAGUCUGAAUUGAAAAUUGGCACCUUGCGAGCCCCCCCACCGAAGCUGGAUAAUGAUGAUGCUUUCCCAAGCCUGGGGGGAUCAUUUUCACCAUCCCCCCUGGCUACCUCUACUUGGUCAUCACCAGCAAAGAACACAGCUCCACCAGGCUUCACGAGCAAGCCCAAGGUUCCACCAGGCUUCAGUGCAACAGACAUGACCUUUACAAGUAGCUCUGGAGAGAAGUUUGCAAUUUCUCCCACCUCUGAAGCUGCUGUGUCCACGUCAGCAUUCACAGCCCAACCCACUACCACCUACACCUUCCAGCUACCACCAAGAUUUGAACUCCGGAACAAGAGGCUUAUCAAGACAAUCCAUGAUGAGUGUAAAGGAGAUGAGGACAAAUUUGAUUGCUUCAAGAUGCUGGCUGGUCAACUGCGUAGUGGAGACCUCUCUGGACAUUUGUAUUAUGAACAGUGCCGGGAAGUUAUGGGCAAGGCUACUUUCCACAAGAUACUCCCAGAGCUUUUGGUUCUCUUACCUGACAUCAAAAAACAGCAGGAGGUGCUGGCAGCAUAUCGGAAAGUGGAUGGGGGGCGAGGCUGUUCCACUGUGUUUGCCGUGUGUGUAGUUUGUCAGCAGGUUCUCAGCCAGGAUGACUACUCUGAGCACAUGGACAACCAUGACCAAAAUGCUUCAGACUUCCCUUCCUUAGGCAAGCCUACCCCUCACCGGUUUCAGAAGUAAAGUGCUGCAUACUGAAGUUGCAGUAAUUAGGGUAUGUGGGGAUGGGAGUUGCAGGAGAGACUCCUCCUUCCCACUGCCACUUUUCUACGCUUAAUUGGUGAAUCACAGUGCUGUGUUUGCAGGUGGUAAAACUGAAUUUAUUUUGUUUGUCUGAUGUUUGUGACUGAAUUUGGUAUAGAUUUUUAUUCCCCCUCUUGAUUUAUUAUUUUUAAAAAAUUUGCAAAUUGAUUUGGGGGAUGGUAUGGGAUGGGAUGGGAUAGCACAGUUUUUUCCCACUAAGCUCAAAAUUUAUAUUUAUGUAGAUCAGAUAUUUUUGGAAUUGUACAUGGUGGAAUCUGGCUUAUAGGAAUGAAAUUGUCAUACUCAUGCAUUUCCACAGAUUUAGAUUUAUAAAUUUUACUUAUGUUUUAUGAGCUUCCACUUUGUCAUCUCAUUGUAUCAGGCUUGGUAAACUUCCUUGCUCAUAAUUGAUUGUGUUCAAGUUAACCUUGCUCAAGACUACAAUGAAAGAGUGGAUUGUGUUGUGCCACUGGGACUGGGCGGUGAGUGUAUGGAUAUUACACAGGGAGUUGCA